AUGGAUGAAGAUUGGGGUCUUUCUUCUACUUCCUCUUCAUCCUCUUCCGAAGAUGAGGAUAUCGAACAGAAAAGCAGCAGAAGUUUUGGCCGUAAAAGGACUCAUAAACCUUGUGGUUUAUUCCAGCUGCCCUUUGAAAUCCUCUCUCAUAUUUUCAUCUUAUCCAGCAACCCUGCACUUCCCGUUACCUGUCGGCAUCUCUAUCAUCAUCUUUAUUAUUGCCAUGAUACCAUUAAGAUAGCAUUUCUUUUAAAUCGCUCAAAUCAGAACCUUCAAAAAGCAUUUGAGGAAGCUGUCAAAUUCAAUUUCUUCAACUCAGAGUUGAUGCAACGCUUCGAAAGGAUGGAUUGUAACAUACACUUUAAAAACAAAAAAAUACCUAGUCGAUUGUUCCUAUUAGAACCGAACGAAGAGAGAGAUCAAUUAAUUGUGGCUUUAUUGAAAAAGGGAGCUUCACCAGAUCGGCCGAAAGGGUAUCCAUUAAUCAAAUCAGCACAAGUAGGAAAUAUGGACAGAGUAAAAUUGCUGAUAAGUUACGGUGCAGAUCCAACUAUUAAGAACCAGAUGGCAUUAAGAGUAUGUGCGGCCAGAAAUAAUCGAGCUAUGGUCAAUUACUUUUUGGAUGAAUUGCAUCUGAAGCCAGAUAAAGAGACCUUAAAGGCAUGCGUACAGAAAAAUCUAUGGGAAAUGAUCCAGAUAUUAGUAGAUCAUGGAGCUGUACCGGAUAUGUCGACUAUUAACUUCACAUAA